AGAGCCACGAUAAAGCAAAACAAACAUCAGAAAAGCUUCCACACUGCAGACCUGAGGACAGAAGCAGACAGAAAAGUUGCUCAAUAACUCCUAGGAAGAGCAAGGUUGUCAACCCUUCAACUUCAUUGACAUUGUCAUCCAAUAACGCUACUGUCAUCACAAAAACAAUUACCAGAACAUUUCCUCUAAAGCAGAAAAUGCAUUUAGUUAAUGUUAAGGCCCAGCAUCUUCAAAAUAUCAACAAACAAUCAGAAAGCAUAAAAGAUCUGGAGAUCCAAAUGCUUCAAGUAGAGUGUGAAGAACUCAAAAAUCAACUAGGAUGCUUAAGGGAAGGGCUGAUGGGGCAGAAGCCAGGUGACACGGAAGAGCUACUGAAACAAUCUCAGAAAGAACUGUUGUGGCUUCAGAGACAGCUCUCCUUUAUCUCCACAGGAAGCCCUAUGUGUGUUUUGGCAGCUAGCAAGUUUGGAAAUGAUCCAUCACGCCUGCAGCCAGCAACAUCACAGAAAACAUUUGAUCAGGUCCAGUUUGUAGAAGAGACUCAGAUUUCCAAGUCUGAUGUCACCACAUUAAAUCAAGAGUAUCAUCACUGGCAGUUCUUAAAAAAUGAACUGAAGGAUGCUGUGCAAGAAAAGAAUCGCCUGAGCCUUCAGUAUGCAAGUGUGUCCCACAAAGCACUGCAAUAUGACCAGGUGAAAUCAGACUAUGACCAUCUUAGAGAAACCCUUAACAGAGUGACCAAAGAACGAGAUUUGGCUGUAAAGGGAAAACACCAGCUCCAAGCCAAGCUGGAGAACUUAGAGCAGGUCCUAAAGCAUAUGCGAGAGGCUGCUGAACGGCGGCAACAACUGGAGUUGGAGCAUGAGCAAGCCUUGGCUGUUCUCAACGCCAAACAGCAGGAAAUUGAACUCCUGCAGAAGGCCAAGGUCCGAGAGCUAGAGGAAAAAUGCCGGACACAAAGCGAACAAUUUAACCUCCUGUCCAGAGAGCUGGAGAAGUUUCGGCAGCAAGCAGGGAAGAUUGAUCUCCUGAGCAGUAACACAGUAGCAUCCUCAGAUAUUCCUGGUUCUCCCAGUAAAUCUCUAUCCCAGUUAAUGAAUGGAAUAGCCACUUCUAUAGGCAAAGGUCAUGAAAGUCCUUCUGGAAGUCGUUGUGUGAUUUCAGAAUUUAUACGACCUCUUCAAAUAUCUGGAGACAAACCAGAACAAUUGUCUGUCAAACCUACAUUCCUGUCCAAGUCAAGAUCUGGUACCCCAAGAUGCAGAUUUGAUUCAGACAUGGAUAAUGAUCAGAAUUCCAAUACCUCAAAGCAGAGAUAUUCUGGGAAAGUCCAUCUUUGUAUUGCCCGUUAUAGUUACAACCCUUUCGAUGGACCGAAUGAAAAUCCAGAAGCAGAGCUCCCCCUUACGGCAGGAAAGUACCUUUAUGUGUAUGGAGAUAUGGAUGAAGAUGGCUUUUAUGAAGGGGAACUCCUAGAUGGACAGAGAGGACUAGUCCCUUCAAAUUUUGUGGAUUUUGUUCAAGACAAUGAGACCCGUUUAUCAAGCACGUUAAGCAGUGAACAAGAUCAGAAUUUUAUCAACCAUUCGGGUUCUACUUUAGAAGGAGAUAUCCUAGAGAUAAGUCCACCAAGUCACAUAGACUCUAGCAUAAUCAGCAAUGGCGCAGGGACUCUGGAUGUGAACAUCGAUGAAAUUGGAGAAGACAUUGUGCCUUAUCCUAGAAAAAUCACCCUUAUUAAACAACUAGCCAAAAGUGUCAUUGUGGGCUGGGAGCCACCGGUAGUGCCACCUGGAUGGGGAACCGUUAGCAGCUAUAAUGUUCUGGUUGACAAAGAAAUACGGAUGAACAUAGCCUUGGGAAGCAGAACGAAAGCCCUUAUAGAAAAGCUUAACAUUUCUACUUGUACAUACCGAAUAUCAAUUCAGAGCAUUACAAACAAGGGUAACUCGGAUGAACUGCAGUGCAGUUUGUUAGUUGGGAAGGACGUAAUUGUAGCCCCCUCUAAUCUUAAAGUGGAAAACAUAACCCAGAUUUCUGCUGAGCUCUCCUGGCUCCCUACAAAUAGUAAUUACAGCCAUGUCAUAUUUCUUAAUGAAGAAGAAUUUGACAUUGUCAAGGCUGCCAGCUACAAGUACCAUUUUUUUAAUUUGAAACCCAAUAUGGCCUACAAGGUGAAGGUCAUGGCAAAGCCCCAUCAGAUGCCCUGGCAGCUUCCCCUAGAACAACGAGAAAAAAAGGAAGCCUUUGUGGAAUUUUCUACAUUGCCAGCAGGUCCCCCAGCUCCACCUCAAGAUGUUACUGUCCGGGCCGGGUCCACUCCAGCGACCGUACAGGUGUCCUGGAAACCACCAACUUUGACAGCAACAGGGACCUCCCAUGGUGCCAAUGUCACAGGCUAUGGCGUUUAUGCGAAAGGUCAACGGGUGGCGGAAGUGAUCUUUCCAACAGCAGAGAACACACUGGUGGAGCUAAUGAGACUAAGAAAUCUGGAAGCAAAAGAAGUUACUGUUCGAACACUCUCUGCACAAGGGGAAUCAGUGGACUCUACUGUUGCUGCCAUUCCAUCUGACCUACUGGUGCCUCCAACCCCUCACCCCAGAACUGCUCCCAAAUCUAAGCCAUUAGCAAGUGCCGGAGCCCCAGAAACCAAAGAAGAACAUUUAGGUCCACAUUUAAAAAUGGAUGAGUCAUGGGAGCAGACUCGUUCGGCAUCCCCUGUUCAUGGGCACACACUUGAGCCACCUGUCCCUAACUUUCACAGCCCUCUUCAGGCGAGGAGGUCUCCAUCACCUAACCGAAUACUCCCUCAACCUCAAGGCACACCUGUCCCAAAUACUGUUGCAAAAGCCAUGGCAAGAGAAGCUGCACAACGAGUUGCAGAGAGCAAUAGGAUGGAGAGAAGAAGUGUUUUUAGUGAAAGGAGCAAUGCAGCCCAGUAUGCUAACUCAGAUGAUGAGGAAGAUGGCUAUGAUUCUCCUAAUGUCAAAAGGAGGGGGGCUUCAGUUGAUGAUUUUCUGAAAGGGUCAGAACUUGGAAAGCAACCUCACUAUUGCCAUGGUGAAGAGUACCAUACAGAGAGCAGCAGAGGUUCUGACUUGUCUGAUAUUAUGGAGGAAGAUGAAGAAGAGCUGUACUCGGAAAUGCAGCUGGAGGAUGGAGGAAGACGACGAGUCAGUGUGACUUCACAUAAUGCACUUAAGCUUUUAGGUAAUCCAUCAUCUGCAGGACGGCCUGAAAGGGCGGAGCAUGCAGGGCGAAGGUCCUCUCAUGGCAGUGCAGUGCCACAAAGGUCUCGACCAAUGUUGGUCCCUUCCAUUGAAAUUACAAUGGACAGUAACAGUGAAGGCGGUCGGUCUCGGUCAGGUAGUGAGGGAAAUAUUUCACCUGUAAAAGAAGAAGCUUAUUAUCGCAGCAUUGGUGGACACAAGAAAUGGCCUCAGCAGCGUACCAUGGCCUCUGAAUAUAGAUACGAUGGCUAUGGUGGUCAUGACCAUCUUUCUCCAGAUAUUUAUGAAGAAUCAGAAACAGAUCCUGGCACAGAAGAUAUUUCUACUCGAAUAUUUGUUGCACUCUUUGACUAUGAUCCACUGACAAUGUCCCCAAAUCCUGAUGCUGCAGAAGAAGAGCUGCCAUUUAAAGAAGGACAGAUCAUUAAGGUUUAUGGGGACAAAGAUGCCGAUGGAUUCUAUCGUGGAGAAACCUGUACAAGAAUUGGCCUUAUCCCAUGUAAUAUGGUCUCUGAGAUCCAAGCAGAUGAUGAAGAGAUGAUGGAUCAGCUUCUAAAACAAGGUUUUCUUCCUUUGAACACACCGGUAGAGAAAAUAGAAAGAAACAGACGGAGUGCCAGACAACAUUCAGUAUCUACAAGAAGGAUGGUGGCACUGUACGACUAUGAUCCAAGAGAAAGUUCUCCUAACGUUGAUGUAGAGGCUGAGUUAACAUUCUGUACAGGGGACAUUAUCACUGUCUUCGGUGAAAUUGAUGAAGAUGGAUUUUACUAUGGUGAACUUAAUGGACAGAAGGGGCUGGUUCCUUCCAACUUUCUUGAAGAAGUGCCUGAUGAUGUUGAAGUCUAUCUAUCUGAUGCACCCUCGCGAUAUCUUCACGAUACACCGAUGCGUACAAAAGCAAAAAGGGUUCCUCCUGAGAAUACAGGUACAUCAAGGAGAGCACCAUCCCCCACAGUUCAUCUCCAUUCUGGGUCACCUACGUCACCUAUGGGUUCUGGUAGUCCCGGGAGAGGCAGGGAUAUGUCCUCGAAAAAGAAAAAGGGGCUGCUUUCCAAAGGCAAGAAACUGCUGAAAAAACUUGGUGCAGUGAAAUGAUUCAUGUACUCCUGGACAACUUGUAAAGCUUCCAGUCUGUGUAUUUUUUUUUUUUUUAAAUGUCAAAACUAGGGCUUUCAUGACUAUGUAGUACAACUUUAUUAAACCUUUGCAUUUUUAACUCUGACAUCAAUAGAAUCAUGUGAAUUGCUUAAAACAGCAAGAAAAAAGCAGGUUGUGGGAUUAAGACAGGAAGAACAUGAUUUUAGCUGAAGUCUAUUCAACACCUGCAAGCGCACUGGAUAAAUCUUAGCCUUUAGUCUCCUUUAACCCUGGGUCAGGUGAAAAAGAAAAAUCUGUUCAUUGAUUGCUGGUCAAGAGAGAUCACCCCAUUCUGUCUAAUCUUAAUCAUUUAAAAAAAUGGUCUUGAAACUCCUAGUUUAAAUCAGCCUUGAUGUUUUGCCUUAUUAAUGCACAAUGAUUUGUACUGUCUAAUAAAUAUUCAACAUAUACUUUGUAUGUACUGUGUAUUCAAUUGUCCUCAUCUUCCCUAAAUCAUAGUAAUUUAAGAUCAAAUAUGAUGUUGCUAAUUCCAUUCAAUGUAUGAUACAACUCUUGAGAGUUUGAAAGUACUGAGCAAAAUGCUUUUUUCUUUCUUUCUUUUUUCCUCUCCAAACCAAAACUCUCGUAUAGGUUUCUUUUGUCAACAUAUUCACUAAACUGAAAUCAGAUACAGUCUAAGUUGUUCAGAGCCUCACCCUCACUUUCAAUCAUACAAACAUCACAAACUUCAGUUCUGGAGUUCCUGGUUCACUAUUCUAAAUUACCAUAAAAAAAAUAAAAGAAACCUUUACUUCCCACCUUUUUUUCUGGUGGAGGUGCAGUCCUAAGUUAAAAGGCAUUUUCAUACUGUUGAUGUCAGAUUAAAGAUUAAGUGCAUGUCUAAAGUCAAAAACCCUGUUAUAUACACAAGCCGUAGCCAGUAAAAAGGCUGCAAAAUGUGAUAAAAAUAUUAAUUGCAAUAUUGGCAUCUCAAUAAAAACAAUCUUACACACUGAUGGCAGUCAUUGGCUGUUACUAUUUUGUAAUUCUUGUCCAUUUGUAAAUUAUUUUUACUGUUUAUACAUACUUUUCAGACUGCCUUUCUUUUUGUAAUUUAUGGAAGGUUUAUAAAUGAAUGAUCAAAGCUUCCCCAUUGUGUCUUCAGAUAAUAUUGUAAAUUACUGUAAGAUACUGUGUGCUAGAUUAUACCAUUUAAUUAAAGAAAAUAAAUGGCCUAAAUUUGUGGUAAAGUACCGUGUGGGUGUGUGCAUGUGUACAAUUGUUGUGUAAUAUAUUUUAUAUAAAUAAAUAAUUUGAUAUUUUGUAGAGUGCA